GGGACUACGAGAACACCCACGCAGCGUUCCUCGCGCUGGCCGUGGCGCUCAUAGUCGCCGCCCUGCGGGUGGUGCUGUUCGUCCUCGGGAGCGUCGGCACCGCCAUGGCCGUGGCCGCCGCCCGGGUGCUCGUCGGCAUGGCGAGCUCGCGGGGCAGGUCCGCCGUGCGGCCCUGCGGCGACCGGUGCUGCGCCGGGGGAGGCCUCGCGGCCGGCGCGUCGCGGGCCGGCGCCGCGGUCUCCGCGGCCGGGCAGUGGCUGGGGUCGUCCCUCGCCGACUUCCAGAGGGCCGUGGAGGACAGCGUGCUUCAGGAGUCCUUCGCGGAGGGGCCCCGCGAGCACUUCCGACGGAACCGGAUCCCUUGGAGCUACGACCCGGGGAGCAGCGAGGAGCUCGGCGGCGUGUUCGCCCGCAGGGCGGGCGGGCCCGGCGCCCGCGACGGCGAGCCGGCCCCGAGCGCCGCCGAGGGCGGCGUGCGCCCAGCGAUCGAGGCCGUGUGACCACCCGCGGCCGGCGCCCGCGGGCUGCUCGCCCCGCGGGGGGCAUCGCUCGGCCUCCGCGCUCCCUCGUCCUGCUCCUCCUCCUGCUCCUCCUCCU